CUUGUCGAAACUUGUUUUGUUUACAUUUUUUUAAAAGUUGUAAGUGGAAGCUGUUUCGUGAAAAAUCCAAUAAGCGAUCAUAUAUUUUGAAACCCAAUAAUGGAGAGUUGGGAUGCGGUAGUGACGUCAUACCCAGAUAAUCCGGAGCCCAUCGACUACGCGAAGGCUAUCCGGACAGCUAACAUUAUUGUUGAUGAAGAUCUAGCGCCGUUUGAAACAGAAUGGCUGACUAAGACGUUGCUCUUCAAACCUAUACGUCUCUUUGAGACAAUAAAAUCGAACACAAAGCGAAAUGAUGAGGCGUGGGUGAAAUACAUUGCGGAUUCUAUAAAACUUUUGUCGAAAUUGAUCGAAACACACUGGGAUGUGCUCGAGAAUUAUAAUCAAGAGCUCGUUGAGCUCUGUUCGCUCUCGUAUGAUACACAAACGCGCAAAGAGGCUAUCCUGUGUCUCCUGAAAGUUGUGAAACAACCUUCGGUGGCUCUUACUGAUGAAUUCGUCGUAAAUGUAAUUAAUGCGUUUGAAAAAACUAAAACCUGUAAAGGUCCACUCGCUGAAUUAGUUGGCGCUUUAUGCAGAUAUUUCCCUGAAAUCGUCAGGGCAGAAGGCCGCUGCAUAUUAAUUUGGAGAACUUACCUCAACAUGUUCAAAAAUCCGAGGGAAAUAUUAGCUGCAGAAAUAAAACCCAGGAUUGCGUCAGGGUCUAUUUUAGUCAAACAUACGGCUUUGAAGGUUUUGAUGCAGGCCAGCGCUGGACAAGCAGGUGGUGAGAUGGUCCUCAGCUCAGGGGAGAACUUGGAGUAUCAGCUCAGGAGUAAAAGAGUGGACUACGACGAGGCUGCCACUGAAGGUUUAGACAAAUAUAUAGAUGUCUGGAGGUCUAUUUUAGACAAUAAUACAGGGCCAGACCUGGAUAAAGCUGUGAUGAUAUUCCAAGAGACUGUCCAUUAUAUACUGCAAGACUUGGUGACUACAGUCGGUGAUCAAGAAAAGGCCAUAUUUUCUAAAGAGGACAACGAUUAUAAAGUAUUGAUCAAAAUACUGGCAAAUUUAGAAACAGUUAUUGAAGAAAAUUCUUGCAAUCUGGAUCAACGACAACUGUCCUUGAAUCAACCGCCUUACUCUUGUCACAGAGUAUCACUGAAGAACUAG